AUGCAAGCUUUUGUGACGGGACCGUUUGCCAAGCAGAGUCCGUUCCUCGGUGGCAAUGUUACGUCUUCGACCGGAAAAUCAUCACGCAGACCGGAUCGCGCCCUGACCACGCUGCGUGCGACCGUCACGGGCAAUCGUUUGGCUGAGGGGCCAGUUCCAGGUUUGCGGGUGAAUGAUGAGGGCAAGAUAUGGGUCCCCCAACGUGCGCGCCCCCGUCGCAAUAGAAAGACGGAGGGUCUCCGUUCCAUGGUUCGUGAGAAUUCUGUCUCGCCGUCCAACUUCAUCUAUCCGCUCUUCAUUCACACCAAGGAUUACAAUGAAGAGAUCUCAGCGAUGCCAGGAUGUGAGCGUCAUUCUUUAGAAUCCGUUCUGAAGGAAGUCGGCGAAGCAGAAGCACUCGGCGUUAAGUCUGUGAUCCUUUUCCCAAAAAUUCCCGAGGAUGUCAAGACAAACGCCGCCGAGGAAUGCUAUAACCCCAAUGGCCUCAUCCCAAAGGCGAUCUCCGCAAUCAAGAGUCGCUACCCGAAUGUCGCCGUCUGGACCGAUGUCGCGCUCGAUCCCUAUUCCGAUCAGGGACAUGAUGGCAUGGUCUCGGCCGACAAUCGCGGAGACGGUGGAAUGGGGCGCAUUCUCAACGACGAGACAGUUGAGCAGCUCUGCAGACAGGCUGUUUGCCAGGCACGCGCAGGUGCGGACGUGGUGGCACCAUCUGAUAUGAUGGACGGCCGUGUUGGGGCCAUUCGGGAUGCCCUCGAUUCAUAUGGUUUCACAGAUGUAUCGCUCGUUUCGUACACUGCAAAAUAUGCGUCCGCGUUCUAUGGGCCGUUCAGGGAUGCGUUGGAUUCUGCACCGAGGGAGUCUUCAAAUGCGCCGCCGAACAAGAAGACCUAUCAGAUGGACCCGGCUAACUCACGCGAAGCCCUUAUCGAAGCCGCGUUGGACGUCGCUGAGGGUGCGGACAUGCUAAUGGUCAAGCCAGGCAUGCCGUACUUGGACAUCAUUCAUCGCCUCAAGGCUGCUACCAACCUACCAAUUUCAGCAUAUCACGUGUCCGGAGAAUAUGCCAUGAUGAAAGCCGCGGCGCAGCGAGGCUGGUUAGACGAGAGGGAAUCAGUUCUGGAGUCACUCCUGUGCUUUAGGCGUGCUGGUGCAGACGCCAUCUUGACGUACUACGCCAAACAGGCAGCCCAGUGGAUGCACGAAUCAUAA